AUGAAAACCAAGAUGUUCCUUAACCAUGACGCACACGCCACUCAUCGAGUGUGCUCCUUGCUUAACUCAUACGACUUCGUAUCCGGCUAUCAUGAACAACUGAAGUUUGUAGAGAUAGAAGGUUGCUCAGAAAAAGGCCGCUGGACGAUCGGAGACCUAAAAAUGCAAACUGGACUGAAAUAUGAGCAGCCCAGCACACAGAAAGGACGCACCGAUGUGAACGCAGUGACAAACUGGAACGCUCCUCUGGUCUGGGAGGGAACCUUUGACCCUGUGGUUAUAGAUGCAAUCUAUAAGAGGCUGGACCCAAGAGUGGCUGUGGUGGUUCUCGCUGUUGGAAAAUACACCCGUUUCCUGAAAGGCUUUCUGGAGUCGGCUGAAAAGUACUUUCUUGUUGACUUCCGGGUCACUUACUACAUCUUCACAGACAAUAAACAAGAUGUUCCCAAAAUUGAACUGGGUACGGGCCGGAAGAUCACAGUUCUCGAUGUCCCUAGUGCCACCCGCUGGCAGGAUGUAGUACUGAGCCGGAUGAAAUGGGCCACCAUCGCCAUCGACAAACAGAUCCGUAAUGAAGCAGAUUAUCUUUUUAUGAUGGACGUCGACAGUAUCUUCCGCAGCCGCUUCGGAGCAGAGUCCCUCAGCCCGCUAUCUGCUGUGCUUCACCGUGGCUACUACAAGGUUUUAAUCUUCCUCCUACAGUAUUUAUCUUCAGUUAAUGGAAGUCUUCACUUACUGUCUGUUCUUGUUUGUUUACUUUUGUUUUACCUUUGUGUUGAGCAGUUAUUGAAUUAUUUUCCAUAUGAGCGUCGGGGCACGUCCAAGGCGUACAUCCCUCCUGAUGAAGGAGACUACUAUUACACUGCUGCUGUCUGGGGUGGAUACCUGGAGGAAAUGUACAAGCUAGUCAAGUACUGUUACAAACAGUCAGAGGAAGAUGCCAAGAAUAAUAUUGAAGCUGUGUGGCAGGAAGAGAGUCACCUCAACAGGUACCUGUUGUACAACAAACCAACCAAGGUGCUGUCUCCAGAGUACUUGUGGGCAGAUUACGAUCAGGUACCAGAGGACAUCAGAGUGGUCAGGAUCUCCCAGCUGGUUAAGAACUACGCAGAGGUGCGGCCCAAUGGUGGACAGUGA